GGCGGCUGUCACUGCUACGGGGUGGGUAGGGAGGAGAGGUCGUCACUGCUCCGGCGGGGUAGGCGGUCACUGCCCCAAGCUGGGGCGGGUGAGGAGAGGCUGUCACUGUCCCGGCCUGGCUGGUGGUGUCCCGGGCGGCCAAUCAGCGGCGGCAGCUCCUGAAUAUGGAAUGAGCCCGGGGCUGCGGCCCUUGUCAUGCGGGCCCGAGCGACGAGGGAACAGCGCGGCAGGGAGCGGGACACAAGAUGGCGACAGCCAUGUACCUGGAGCACUAUCUGGACAGUAUUGAAAACCUGCCCUGUGAUUUGCGAAGGAACUUCCAGCUGAUGCGUGAACUGGAUCAAAGAACAGAAGAUAAGAAAGCAGAAAUUGACAGCCUUGCAGCAGAGUACAUUUCAACAGUGAAGCACUUGUUGCCAGAGCAGCGGGUGGAGUACCUCCAGAAGAUUCAGAAUGCUUAUUGUAAAUGUAAAGAGUACAGUGAUGACAAAGUGCAGCUAGCCAUGCAGACCUAUGAGAUGGUGGAUAAACACAUCCGACGGCUGGAUGCAGACUUGGCACGAUUUGAAGCAGAUCUGAAGGAUAAGUUGGAAGGCAGUGACUUUGAAAGCCCUGGAGGUCGAGGCCUGAAAAAGGGACGAAGUCAAAAGGACAAGAGAGGCUCCCGGGGUCGAGGCAGGCGAACAUCUGAAGAAGAUACUCCAAAGAAGAAAAAACUAAAAGGAGGUUCUGAGUUUGCUGAUACCAUCCUGUCUGUUCACCCCUCGGAUGUCCUAGACAUGCCAGUGGAUCCCAAUGAGCCCACAUAUUGCUUGUGCCACCAGGUGUCCUAUGGAGAAAUGAUUGGCUGUGACAAUCCCGAUUGUCCAAUUGAGUGGUUUCACUUCGCUUGUGUGGACCUCACCACAAAACCAAAAGGAAAAUGGUUCUGUCCCCGUUGUGUUCAGGAAAGGAAGAAAAAGAACAUCCAUCAUGAACCACUGCUAAUAAAACAGAAGUCCACACAGCAGGAAUGUUUUAAAAGGGACAUCUUGCUUGUUUGGUGAGAGAUCUGCAUGCUUUUGAUUUGAGUUGCCUUUCAGGUUGACAGAUAAAAUGUGAAUCUUGCUAUCAUUAGGGAGUCAUACCCUACAGUGGAAGGAAGACAGAAAUCCAAGAGGAAGAAAAGAAAAUAUUCCAUAUAAGUCAUAGAAUCAUAGAUUAUUAGGGUUGGAAGGGACCUCAAGAGAUCAUCUACUCCAACCCCCUGCUCAAAGCAGGACCAAUCCCCAAAUGGUCUCCUCAAGGAUUGAACUCACAACCCUGGCUUUAGCAGGCCAAUGCUCAAACCACUGAGCUAUAAGUCCCUUAUUCUCUUCCUCUCCUCCCUCACUACUGAGCUAUGCUUGGUGUAGGAACUGAGAAGAGAGGUAAAGAUGGGUUUGUUACUUUUGUACUUUCCAUAUUCUGGGAUUCCACUACCUAUGGCCACCAGUGGCUGUAAUGGUGUAGCCCACUGUAUAGACCACUGGCAUGUCAGAAAGGGGCUGCAGUAUAACAGAAUCAGGCCCACAGUAUUACAACAAAACAGAACAAUUAAUUCAAAAGACACGCUUAUAUAGCACAAUUCUAGUUGAAAAAACAAACAAGAUAGUCUUUCUGUUACAGGAGGACCAGUGAUUGGUGCCCUUUGUGUGCAUUUUGUGAUGCAAGAAUGUAAAACACAACUCCUGCUAAGUCUCCUUUCUUGCAGUCAUGCUAUUUGCAUUUGGCUUUGUAGGAGGUAGCAGUUAAACAAAAAUGUCAUAGAAAACCCCUCUUGGUAUUAGUGUAGUUAUCUGUGAAUGUAUUUUGAUUGUCGCAUCAGCUGUGGAAAAAAGUGUCUCCGGAGUUCUGUAGUUUAAAAUCACUCCAUAUGGUAUAUAUGAAGUUUUCAUGUUCACAGGACUAUGGUUUUUGCCAUUUUAAAACAAACACAGCAAAAAUAUGCACACAGAACUUAGCAACAGAUUGUUGGAGGGAAGCGGGGAGAAAGCACAAUUGCACAAAGCUGGAUCUGGGAAUGUAGUCAGCCCUUUUUUAUGUCUCAUCGCAGAGUGUAAGAAGAGACUCUGCCUCUGUCUGGAGAGUAAACCUUUUCGCAAAUCAGCAUGUAGUAAAGUAGCCAGUGAAAAACCCAUACCUCAUUAUCCUGUUACACUGGAUUACAAGUAGGAGUGUCACUGUUUUGAAGAUUGUAAUACUGAUGAAGACUCAAGCUCCAUUUCCCCAUCUAUCCAAUGAUACAAUAUUGUAGGCAACACUUAUUUAAAAAAAAAAAUACUUUGUGAAAUAACCAUAAAUUGUAAUUGUUUGGUUAAACUGAUUCUCAAAAGCCAACACAUCUCUUUGGAGGUGUUGCUGCAUAACCAAGAAGUUAUAGAUCUAUCAAUGCAAAGCUGAUUACCAUAAACUUAGAGAAAGUUGCUUAGGGCAGCAAAUUAUUUAGUGAUUUUUGUCUGGGUGGCUGUAGCCUGGAAGAAUGGAUGCUUUCUAUUUUAACCAGGGAAGCUAAAGACCUAGAGUUAGCACUAUGUUCUCAGUCCUAAGAAUGAAAGGUAUCUAUGGGGACCACGAACACUAGAUAAGAUGACAGAUGUCCUUUGGCACGCAACCUCUCAAAUGUAUCAGAUCAUCUGAGUUGGAACAGAGUUUGAACAAUAAAGAGUGUGUUCCAUAUGGGAGAGCUAACAAACAGAGGUUCUAAUAGUUAAAGUUAUCACAGAUUUAAUAGUAUCUGUUUGCCCAUUCAUUUCUGGGUUUAGAGUUUUUUGCUCCUCUUUAGACAGGAAGAUCAGUAGCCUUGAUCUUGGUCAUUAAAGAAUUUUGAAGUCCUGUAUUUUGAAUGUGCAGUGUUAAAUACACAUUACCUUUGUGGAGAGGGAUGGACAGAACUGUGAGAGAUUUAAAAGGAAUGUUCCACUAAAGAUUAUCAAGAAAAGCUUUUUCAGACACCUGUAUAUUUUGUGGUGGUCAGCUUUAUCACAAUUCAUCCAAAUUGGAGAUGAUGUAACUUUAACCUGAAUGUUAUGUUUUAUUCUCAAAGGAAUUAGCUAUGUUCCCUUUGUAAAUGGAAGAGAAUAUUAUAAAUCUUUUUAUUAAAAAAUGUAAAAAUGUAUAGCAGUAUUUUUUGAUUAUGUUAUAGA